AUGCCCCGCCAGGCCGCCGCUGAGCUGUGGAAGAACGUGAAGUUCCUGAAGCAGAAGAUCAGCCCUGAGGGCUGCGAGGCCCUGGGAAAGGGCUGCUCGGCUCCGACAGGCGGUAGAAAGGUGCCUGAGAAUCUGAGGGUCCCUCGGGGGGAGCGGGGAGGAUUAGCCAUGGGAAACACAGAGUCUGAGGCGGCGGUUCUCCUCCGUGAGAACCCUGACGAGGCAGAGAUGCGCAGGAGGGCAUGUACCACCUGGCUGGCCCUGAAUGGCCCAGCUCACACUCAGGCCCGGCUGGCUUCCUGGAAUGAGGAAAGGCUGCUCAGCCUCCAAUGUUAUCCCUGGAAGAAGCCCGCUGGGAUAGGAGAGAUGGAGGCCACCCACCGUCCCAUUCCUGCUGAGGGCAGCGAGCCCCCAGGAGCGGCUGAGGGCGGUUGCCUGGCGACAGCGGAGCUAUUCCGCCGCGAGUCCUUUCAGCGGAGGUCCCCUUCAGCCUCUCAUUCAAGCCUCUCCGCCCGGGGCUCCGGGGACCGGGACGCGCCGGGUCCUAAAGCCCUUCGAGCUUCGUUCCCGGCCAGGACCUCAACCGGAGCAGCCGAGAGGAGAAGCAAACCGCACGCGAUGGCCAAACCCUAG